CGAAUCGUGGAGAAUUUGGAGAGCUUCUCCUUCAAAGAGAGCUUCCAUGGCGCGUUCUCCUCCGCGAACGCGGCCAUUCAGCUCAUUCUCACGAGAGUGAAGUAAAGAGAGGAUGGAGGCAAUCGGACGGACACCAAUGCCCACGAUAAGAACACGACUAAGUCACGAAGCUUACAUUAUGAAGAAGAAGAAGAAGAAGACGAACAGGGGAGCUCCUCCAAUUCACUCUUAAUUUUCCAAUGUGUCGAUAGCGAGCGACAAAGAUGAAAGAGGGUCUGGCAAUUCUCCUCUGCAUCGCGUUUAUUCUUCGUCAGAUUUCUUCGCAGACUCCAGGGCCAGAGUUUCUGAGCUUGUCAUGUGGAUCGUCGAGCAAUUUCACAGAUAAAACCACUGGGCUUAUUUGGAUUCCAGAUGCGAGUUUUGUGAACAACGUAGGCAUCACGUCGAGCAUCCAAGGUAAUUCUGUGAGAUACUUCCCAUUCUCCAAGACCACGCGCAACUUCAAUUGCUACGACAUCGCUCACCAAGCCGGCUUGCAUCUCACGAGAGCAACUUUUAGAUAUGGAAACUACGACACGCGCAGAAGGCCUCCCUCGUUCCAGUUUGUCAUGAACCAGACUGUGGUGUCAACGGUGGACCUUUCGUCCAGGGACCCUUGGAUUGAGGAACUUGUGUGGACUUCUUCCACUGCCGGCGCUACAGCCUUCUGUUUGCUCGCGACUUCAGAAGGUGGUGUUCCAGUUAUCUCGUCUUUAGAAUUUCGGCCGCUCGAAGAAAAUGCUUAUGACGCAGCUACAUCGAGACUAGACCGUGGCGCAAUGCUGCAAAUGAUCUACAGGAUCAACUGUGGUGAAACGACGAAGACACUGAGAUAUCCAGAUGAUCAACAGGAUCGCAUAUGGGAUAUUGAUACCAACUAUUUUCCUACAGACUCAACAGCUUCAAUCUAUAAUGGUUCCAUAAACUCAAGUGCACCAGCAGCACCCCAAUCGAUUCUCCAGACAUCUAGAGUGGGUUCAGGAAAUGCUCUCAGCUACCUUCUCGCUGUCGCUGAUAGGAAAAUGACGCAAAGCUAUUUUAUCGUCGCACACUUUGCAAUGCUGACCAACACCACCAGUCAAACGUCCUUCGACAUUCUGCUAAAUGGGAACUCGAGCAAGUCAAGCUUUCUUCUCCCCGGUAGCUUUCAGGGGACUUCGUAUUCCUUUACUGGGAAUUCGACCACCUCGCGAUCGGCCGAGAGUUCAUCAACACUCAACAUUACUUUACAGGGCAUUGCUGGUUCGCCAGAGAUAAACGCAUUGGAAGUUUACCGUCCAGUUAGUAUUGUUCCUCCGACAACGAGUGCUGAUGUCACAUCUCUAAGUUCCAUUUGUUCAUAUUACACGAUAACGCUGGGCGACCACGAUCCUUGCUUACCAGUCCCAUGGAACGGAGUGAAGUGCUCAUCUGUACAAUCUCCUCAAGUGGAAUUUUUGGAUCUUUCUGGCAAGGGAUUGAGGGGUUCCUUGUAUCCUCAAGUGGGAGACCUUUCCGGGCUAACAUAUCUAAACAUUUCAAACAAUCAACUUUCUGGAAUUAUUCCCGUCAACCAGUGGGAUUUGUCAGCGCUUGAAACUUUGGAUCUGAGCUACAACCAGCUGUCCGGAGCACUCUCUUUGGAUUCACGUUCAUUACAGAACUUAAAGCUGCUGAACUUGCAAAAUAACAGCUUAAGUGGUGAGCUUGAUUCCUUGGUGAAUUUACCGAAUCUACAAUCAGUGAAUGUUGCAAACAACAAUUUCUCGGGACAGAUUCCAGCUGCGCUCGUGGGAAAACUUCAGUUUAACGGAAAUCCUUGUCUUGGCUCUGCAGACUGCUCUCAAGCUGCAGCAGUGCCUCCGGCCCCAGGUCCGGAAACAGGCAUUGUUGUGGAUCUCAAGAGCAACAGCCAAACGAAAAAAGUUAUUGGUAUCGCUACUGGUAGCGCUAUAGCUGCUAUUUUGGUUCUUGCUCUUGGUUUCCUUCUGUUACGAAGAAACCGGAGCAAGGAAAAAUCAUUUGAAAGAGAAAUAAGGGCGGGUUCAAGAGACCUCAUUGGAUGCAAAGAGUUCUCGUACAGAGAGCUCAGCACUGCAACAAACGGCUUCAAGACCGAGCUCGGUAAAGGAAGCUUUGGUCCGGUUUAUCAUGGGAGACUUGCAAACGGUCAGGAAGUCGCCAUCAAAGUCCGAUCAGAUGCGUCUCAGCUUGGAGCCGACUCGUUUAUCAAUGAGGUGAGCCUACUAUCUCGUGUACACCAUCAAAAUCUCGUGGAACUGGUAGGCUUCUGCCAAAAGUCCAAGAAGCAACUUCUUGUAUACGAGUUUAUGGGAGGAGGGACGUUAAUGGAGCACCUCUAUGGCUCAAAGUCUCCAUUAGAUUGGAAAGCACGGGUAAAGAUAGCCGUGGGUGCUGCGACAGCACUGGAUUACCUUCACAAUGGGAGCGACUCCAAGAUCAUUCACAGGGACGUGAAGAGCACCAAUAUCCUUCUCGACUCGGGGAUGAAUGCCAAGGUAGCAGACUUUGGGCUCUCCAAGCACGUCACUAGGAUUGAUGCGACGCACGUCACAACUCUGGUAAAAGGCACGGUUGGAUAUCUCGAUCCAGAAUACUAUGCCUCAAACCAGCUUACCGAAAAGAGUGAUGUUUAUAGCUUUGGGGUGGUGCUUUUGGAGCUCAUUUGUGGAAGAGAGCCACUCAGUGACCGCGUUCCUGCCGAUCAAUACAGCAUCAUCACUUGGGCAAGACCAUAUCUCCUGAGUGGAUCGUACAACGAAGUCGUGGAUAGAAACAUCGCAGGGCGAUUUAGCAUUGGAAGCAUGGCAAUCUUCGCGAAUGUGGCAGCAAAAUCAGUGGCAAGAGACCCAAACGAGCGACCCAAGAUGAGCCAAGUGUUGCGAGACCUGAGGGAAGCCCAAGCAUUCGAAACUGCCAUGUAAUUAAGAAGCAUUUAGUGUUCGUCUCAAACAACCCAAA